AUGCCGGGGAUAGACUUGAACGGCGACCAUUCAAAUGGCCACGCGAAUGGCCACACUAAUGGAAUUGCAAAGGGUUUCAAAAACCCGUCACUGCAAGUUACCGAGGAUCAUCAGCUGAAGUUGGUGGAUGCUCCUAUCGAGGAACCCGGUGUCGGAGAGGUAACUUUGCAGAUCAAAUGUUCAGGUAUCUGCGGAUCAGAUAUGCACCUUUGGAAAUCGGGACGCAUUGGAUCUCUUGAGGUUAAGGGUGAUUGCAUCCUAGGGCAUGAAGCUGCUGGUAUUGUGCUUAAGUGCGGAGAGGGAGUGACCAAUCUCAAACCAGGGGAUAGAGUGGGAGUUGAGCCCCAAGAGCCCUGCGAAAAAUGCUUUCUAUGUAUGGAAGGCCGAUACAAUCUUUGCGAGGACGUCAAAUUUUCCGGAAUAUGGCCCUAUAAUGGAACUAUCCAGAGAUUCAAGGUUCACCCGGCAAAGUGGCUAUACAAGAUCCCAGAUAAUCUAAGUUAUUCCGAGGGUGCACUGCUUGAACCACUAAGUGUAAUACUCCACGGCAUCAAUGGAGCUAAUGUGAAGCUUGGUCGCCCGACAUUAGUUUGCGGCGCAGGUCCAAUUGGGCUCGUUGCUUUAGCUGCUGCGAGGGCAUCUGGUGCUCACCCACUUGUCAUUACAGAUAUUGACCCAAAGCGUCUCGAGUUCGCUAGGGAAUUCGUCCCACGUUGCCAAACCUACCAAAUCAAUUCAAAGCUAAGUGCCGAGGAAAACGCUAGAGAGAUCCGAAAGCUAUACGGAAAGGAUGAGUAUUCGGCCCCGGCAUCAGUAAUGGAGUGUACUGGUGUUGAGAGCAGCGUCUGCACAGCUGCCUUCUCUGUUCGCAGAGGAGGAACACUGAUGGUGAUUGGCGUGGGAAAGCCGGUCAUGAAUAAUAUCCCUUUUAUGCAUUUAUCCCUUGCUGAGAUUGAUCUCAAGUUUAUCAACCGAUAUCGGGACACUUGGCCGGCCGCCAUACAAUGCAUGAGCGGUGGCAUACUUGACCUCAAUAAAUUGGUCACACAUAAGUUCCCGCUCGAGAAGGCCCUCGACGCGUUUGAACUAAAUGCUACUACUGGUAACGGUAGUAUUAAGGUCCAUAUUGUCGAUGACUUUGAAGCGUCGUUAUAA